AUGAAAGAAUACAAGAUCGUCAUCAUGGGCGGCGGUGGUGUCGGGAAGAGCGCGCUCACUGUCCAGUUCGUCCAUGAUAUGUUUGUUGAAAGAUACGACCCCACCAUCGAAGACUCCUACCGCAAGAUAAUCACUGUAGAUGGUAAUAAAGUGACCGUAGAAAUCCUUGAUACAGCUGGAACAGAACAAUUUGUAGCGCUACACUCGCUCUACGUGAAAUCAGGAGACGGCUUUCUACUAGUCUUUGCACUAAACACGUUGGAUUCGAUCCAUGAGCUGGAGGCCUUACACGAGUCGAUCGUACGCAUCAAGGAAGCAGAGGGAUACACGGACAAGAUCCCGAUCGUGCUAUGUGGGAACAAGUGCGACUUGGAGGAGCGAAUAGUCCAGCGAAGCUGGGCGGUCGCCCUGUCGCAGGAGUGGGGCGGCGUGCCCUACUACGAGACCAGUGCCCGGAAACGGAUCAACGUCGACGAGGUCAUCGCCGACCUCGUCCGCCAGAUCAUCAAGGCCGACCGACUCGGACACCUCAAUCAUGGCGGCCCCGGCCGCCACGGCUUGGGCGGCAAGAAACGCAGGAAACGCGUCACGCCGAACGGCGGCUGUUCAAUCCUAUAA